UACCGAUUUGCUUGCCGGUAUCGCGCAGUGUCAAGUGUUGUAGCUGCCAGUGGCGAAUAGUACGGAUCCCACCUCGAGUGUCCAGUGAUUCGGUAUUUGCAAAUCGCAAGCGAGGCUGCGAUCGCACGCGCGUGAACGCCGUUGACAAUAAUUGGGACCAGCGUGUAGUGGCUAUGCCACCGUCACUGGAAUAACUAAUCCUUCAAGAGUGUGUUUGCAAUUGAAAAAGUGCGCGACUGAAAAAAGUGUUCCUACAGUGCAACCAACGAAACCCCAGUGUGCGCCAACGGGACAAGUUCAACGUCACCACCACGACGAGCUUAACGGCCAAGCCCGAGCUUAAUCCGUGGUGGAGGGCUGGCUAAUGCACCGGAGUGCCGGCGGUGGCGGUGGCAUGGCUGCCGGCGCCGCCGCAGCAGCAGCAGCAGCCGCAGCCGCCGGUUCUCGUCACACCGCCGCUAGUUUAGAUCUCGAUCAUCAUCACCAUCAUCAUCACCACCAUCACGCGAAUGCAACUGCUGCUGCAACGGCAUUCCCUUGGAGUGCCAUGCUUGCCGGUCAUGCUGCUACUGGUAUGAUGCAACCAUCUGCUUCCGGACACCACGAUUACUCGCCCACGCCGGCACAUCAUGCUAAUACUCAACAUCCUGCCAUGCCGAUGGAUCUCCACGUGUCGCAUCAGGCGUUUCCGUACUACAGGUACCGCGAUGAAGCGCUAUGUUGGACGGAUCGGAAGCCGUCCAUGGACGACGUCGCCAAUCCCAACUCCGUCAACGCUCGAUAUGACGAGAGGCACUACGCUUUCGAAAGUAUUCUGGAGCUGAGGAAAGAAAAAAGUCGAGACGCAGCGAGAUCGCGGCGUGGAAAAGAGAACUUCGAGUUCUACGAGCUAGCCAAAAUGCUGCCCUUACCUGCAGCGAUCACCUCGCAAUUGGACAAAGCCUCGAUAAUAAGACUUACCAUAUCCUACCUCAAAUUGCGUGAUUUCUCGGGUCACGGAGAUCCACCGUGGAGUCGCGACACGCCACCGCCUAACAAAACCCUCAAAGGUGCGAAUCGAGUCAGGUCGUCAGAAUCACUGGCGGCAGACAUGUUUGAACAGCACCAAGGUACCCACAUCCUGCAGUCGCUGGACGGUUUCGCAGUUGCUGUCGCGGCUGAUGGACGGUUUCUGUACAUUUCCGAGACCGUUUCCAUUUACCUUGGACUCUCCCAGGUGGAGAUGACAGGCUCAAGUAUAUUCGACUACGUUCAUCAACACGAUCACGCAGAAGUUGCAGAACAAUUGGGUCUUGGCUUAACGUCGUCGUCGUCGGGGCCACAUUCGUCGAGUUCGGGACUUGCUUCACCAAGUAGCGGAGCGUCCGAAGAUCAUGGUUCGUCAUCAACUGCGAAUCCUGAUGUGUCGUCGGUGAUGGCACUGACGUCGACUGGUCUCUACAAGGGCUACGACCGAGCCUUCUGCGUGCGGAUGAAGUCGACACUUACGAAGCGAGGCUGCCACUUCAAGUCUUCCGGCUACCGUGUUGUAUUGCUGCUAUGUCGAUUAAGGCCACAAUACACAUUCAGCCACACCAGGAAAUCCUCGCCGCCGCUCGUAGGGAUGGUCGGUUUGGCGAUUGCGCUUCCGCCGCCCAGCGUACACGAAAUUAGGCUCGAGGCUGAUAUGUUUGUCACGCGCAUCAAUUUCGACUUCCGGAUAGCACACUGCGAACCAAAGGUGUCCGAGCUGCUGGACUACACAGCGGACGAAUUGACGGGGAAGAAUCUCUACACCCUGUGCCACGGCGAGGACGCGAAUCGCCUUCGCAAGUCACACAUGGACCUGAUUCACAAAGGACAAGUACUCACACACUACUACCGACUGAUGAACAAAAGCGGCGGUUACACGUGGUUACAGACCUGCGCGACUGUCGUCUGCAACUCCAAAAAUGCCGAAGAGCAGAAUAUCAUUUGUGUCAACUACGUUAUUAGUGGACGCGAAUACGCGAACUUGAUCAUGGAUUGCUGCCAACUCGAGGACGGCGUUACGGGUGUCAAACGAGAAGAUGCCACGGGUAACGAUCCUGAAAAUGGUUCACCAGACGCCGAUAGAGGGGGUAGGAGUAGCGGAGGACCGACGAAUCCACACUCAGACCACCCGCAUCGAUCACCUCGUGACGACCGUGACGACGCGCGAGGAUCCGAAACGGACGUAGCUGGUCGAGGCGUACGGCACCACGAUAACGUGGUCACACAAUUACAACAAGAACCUCAAACGACGACGGCAAAAUUGCGAGGACGUAAACGAAAACUCGCUGUAGCCGCUGCCGUUGCUAUUGUCAACGACGUUGAAGUUGGCUCCGACGACGAGGAUGACGAAGAUGAAACAGGCAUAAAGAACGGUCGUAGUCACGCGUUAAGUCCAGCGUCGUCGAAUCAUUCGGUGCCGACUAAUGACCAAUUGAUGAGGACUGGUAGUCCGAAGGUGCGUAGAACCGAAGACCUAAGCGAAUCGCAUCACGGCGCUUCGACAAGUGGCACUGGCACAUCGGUGAAAGACCUCGAGCAAGCCAUGUCGAAACAUCUACCUGGGGCCGGUUUGAACAAAGCCGAUUCUCCGGCUAUCCAUCAACCAACGGAUUUCAGUACAGACGCACUGCUCAAGCAGCAGCAGCAAAAGUCCACGAUACAAUGGAUCGGCGCACACCAUCACCUCGGGCAUCUGAGUCCACAGCAAUCCUCUACAUUACCAGCAUCCGCUUUACUCCGACAAUUGUAUGCCAAUCGCGAGAGCGUGAUUCGAGCGAACGUACAUGGAAUUACGUCUGGUAGUGGUCCAGGCUCGCGCGCACCAUCGGCUGGCGGAUACUACCCGGACAACCCACAAGCUGGUCCUUUGCCAACGCCUCCAGGUUCCGAAGGUUCUUCAACGUACGGGGAUCAUCAGUUCGUUCUGUCGGCGCAUAAUCAAAAGGUCACGGGUAGCGGUGCUGACGCUUUCACCAGUCUCGUUUCAUCGUAUACAUCACCAGCGGGUUACGGUGUAGAUUACCAUUCGGCAAUGACACCACCGUCGUCCGUAUCACCGCGAGACAAACAACAGCAGCAGCAACAGGUACAACAGCAGCAGCAGCAACAAGCUCAACUGAACACUUACGAUGCGGUUUAUGGCGAUCCUGUGAUGAGACACCAGUACGAACCUGCGCAGCCAUUACCACUUAAGCCACAAGUCUACUCGGCUGUACCUCUUGAUGCUUAUGCUACUGCAAGUCUCACCGAACAGUCGCAGUUCUAUCAUCAUCCAGCUGCUAGUGCGGGUUUCCAUUUGUAUCAUCCUACGGCUAAUAAAACUGCUACCAAUGGUUGGUACAGUUCGGCAUCCUAGUGGCAAGGUCUUCAUGGACGCUGUUAAGAAUAUACUUAAAGAGAUUUUUUAUUUCUUCUUACUCCAUCUUUUUCUCUCGUCGUGCGUGGCGAGUUGCCAAAGUCAGGGUGCUGCUGGAUCUUAUUACUUAUAUAUACAUACGAGUGCAUAUCAAUUCGGCGUGUGACUGUGUGGGAAAAUUUUGGUAGCGAAUAUGUAUGUUUAUGAGUUUUUUUUUUUUUUUUCUUGAUGUUACCAAAAUUUUCUUGCUACCCCGCAAUCAUGUAAUAUAUAUUUAAUGAAUAAUGGCUAUUUGAGUCUAAAAUUAAAAAAUAAGGACUCGAGCGAAUCUCAAAGGUUGACAUAAUACGAGUCCAAUAUUGACAAAGUCUUGUGAUUUGUAGGUUUGGGACGAUUGUGCAUUAAUUGUUUUCUUUUUCUUGAUUCUUACAAUGGAUGAAUAAAUCCAUACAAGUGAAAUUUCCUGUGUAACAUCAAAAUUUGUUUACGUAAUUUGACGUAUCAGGGAUGGACGUUUAAUGCUCGAAUCUUUUUUAUUACGUAUUGCAAUGUUUACUUAGAUCAAUUUGUUAAUUAUAUAAAUUAUUGAUUAUUUGUUAUCAACAUUAGUAGUUAAAAUUAACCAAUUCAGAUUUGUAUAUAAUAUGAAAAAAAGAGUUUUGGUAUUUUAUACAAUGUACUUUUUAAUUUAGGCAUUGACAAUUCCAUCCCUCUAAUCGAAUUGAAAAGUUGCUAAAUUAUUAAAUUUAUUUGAAGACAAAUUACUACAUAUUUUCUUCUAAACAUU